CUAGUUUCCACUUCCAGUUUUCCUUAAACAGUAAGAAGUAUUUUUCUUUUGCUAAGGGCAAGAUAGUUAUAUAUAGUUACUAUGACAUCUAGCGAGUUGCCACUUGCUUCCUUUUCCUCUUUUCUUCACCUUUAUCCGGCAGCAAUUAGAAGCAUAUUAAAUCAUGCAUUUUAACAUUCCCGCUUCAACAUAUUUUCUUUUGUUCACAUUAUUUUUUACAUUCACACACAACGCUCAAUCGGCAAGUAUAGCCUUUUACAAAAGAGGCGAAUACGACGAAGACAGUGAUAAUACAAGGUCUAUGAGAUGCCCAACAGAUUCAUUAGGAGGAGCUGGUCUCUAUGGAGAUUUGAACAAUUGUAACCGAUACUAUUAUUGUACCGCUGGAGACCCUGUGCCUUCAGUUCAAUACUGCCAAACAGGCACUCUAUUCAGCACAAAUCUGAGAAGAUGUGUAGCAGCGUCGCGAGUAGUAGACGAAUGCAGAUGAGAAACUAUCUGUUUUCUCGUUUAAAGUUAAUUAUAAGAGAUUGUCAA